GCAGCGCAGGACGCCGGGACAACGCUGCCAUCACAUGUACAGCAGUUACUUUGCACAACUUUUUACAGCAGUUAUGGAACCCCUUGAAUGGUAAGCCCUUGAAUGAAUAAUGAGCGGUACGUGCACAGGGUUUCUGCCUCUCUCCGCCAAACCAACACGAUGCAAGCGUUGCUUCCGGGAUAUAUCCGAGCACAAGAAGGAACCGUUCACAAACAGUGAGAAAGCGAAAAAGAAUGAAUCCCAAAAUAUACCGAGGCGAGCUUCUACAGCUGGCCAGACAUCGUUUCAGGAAAGCCAGGCCGACAAAAUUGCUCAGCUUAGAAGACGGAGAACAGUUCAAGACACCAUAGAGGAUACAUCGAAAGUGUGUUCUGGUCAUCGCCGAACGUUAUCUUCUGAUGGUGCAAGACAUUCCAUGGACUUGGGAUCGCUCAAGUCUGACCCUGAAGAACAGAGCAGCGACAAGGAGCAGAAAGAAAGUUCCACAAGAAGACGAAGGAUUAAGAUACUAGAUAGCCAGGAAGUUGAUAAAGGAGUGCCCGUGUUACCGACGGAUACAGCUGCGGUAGCGUCUCCGUCAGCUGAUGUGGAGUUUAUUCUGAAGGUAAAGACCAGUGCGAAUCAACACAAGUUGGGAGACGACUCUGAAAGUGUGACACUGACCGAGACAACAGACACCACGUUGUCUUUCCACGACAGCUACGAAGACCUGUCGGAUGCAUUGUCAAAAAUGAAGACCCAGCUCGAAGCUGCUGAAGAGAAAAUUAAGCGACUGGAGCAAGACAAAGUUGAGUUGCAGAAACGCAAAGUGACCGACUCUGAUAAAAAAGCUCUGGAGAAGACAGCAUCUGAGACCUUAAAAAUGCGCUCCAGGAUAAACGAGUUGGAAACGAUUAACGAAGAGUUGAAGGACGAUAAUAAGUGCUUGAAAUUGGAAGUUGAAGAGCUCCAGGCGGAGCUGGAAAGGAAAGAAUCUGCCGAUAUUUACAAAAAAGAGACAGAAACGCUGAGGCUGCAACUUCAGCAGGCUGAAAAUUUGUGUGAGGAACUCAUGGAAGAGAAUGAAGAUGUGAAGAAAGAGAAGAACAGCCUCGAAGAACAGCUUGAUGAACUGCAAGAUCAAUAUCGUGAAGAUCAACAGUCAGAAUUUCAAGAUUUGAAGAGGGAGCUCGAAGCUACGGGGAAGAAUUGUAGGGUGUUGCAGUUUAAGCUACGGAAAGCAGAACGACGAUGCGAACAAUUGGAAAUUGAGAGAGGCCAGUUGACAGACAAAGUGAAUGACCUGCAGAAGACGACCAAGAUCGAGGUGGACAAGACCAGGAUGAAAGUGCUGGAAGAUGAGAUUAAAGUUGCCAACGAUUUGUCAGUCAAAUUGGCCUCAGAACUGGAGGUACUGAAGGAUGCAAAAGCAAAGUUGGAGAUCGAGAACAGUGCUCUCAAGUCGGCUGGUAACAAGGGACCAUCAGUUAAAGAACCAUCAAAGAGCAAGGAAGCAGUUGUAGGUAAAGACUACGAGAGCAUAUGCAAAGAUUUGUACGACUCUAUGGAACGCGAAGCGGACUUACGCGAGCAACUCCGCUUUGCAGAAGACGAAAACAAAUCCAUUCGCCGCAAACUGAACAACAUCGAACAGGACAACGAUACUCUCGUGUUGCAAAUACGCAAGCUGAGCGGAAGACACAAGAGCGACGACAGUGAAUCAAGCGACGAGGAUAUGUCGAGCGAAGAACUCCGCAUGCAGUAUGACCUUCAGGAGCAAGAAAUGACCGUUCUCAGAAGAAAGAUAGAGGAACGUGAACAACAAGUGGAGGCUUUAGAGAAAGAAGUCAAGUACCUUCAAGAAAAGUUAGUCAGUCGACCAUUUACUAAAGUGGAUUUACCUGAACCGCCAAAGAAUGAUGCCGACGUUGACGUCUUCCAUAAACAGAAAGCAAAACUUUUGGAAUAUGAAGCUAGGGAGCUACGGCAGAAAUUAAUCGAGAAAGAGCGAGAGAAUGAAAGACUACAGACGGAAAUCGAGGUUCAUCGGCGGAAGGCUUCUAAAGUAAUCGUACGGAGCCGCUCUCUGGACAGCGAUCUUCAAGUGGACCUGAAGCGUCAGUUGCAGCUCGUUGAACAGGAGGCCAGUAUUUUGAGACAGAAAUCGAUCGACCUUGAGAAUGAGAACGAGAAGUUGGCUAACGAGAAUAAACGCCACUUGUUGAGGCUGAGCAGGAAACCUCCUCCUGGUCCACAAGAGUUACUUCAGUUAGACAACCUUGAACUGAAGGAGAAAUUAUCGGACGUGGAAGGGCGUUUGAACGCGUUGAAGGAAGAGUAUGAACGGGUGGCUGCAGGUGCAGCACCAUCAACGGUCAUCCUACAAGAGUACUCUCCUAAGAAGGAGAAGAUGAGUGAAGGUGAGAGCGAUUUGAUUGCGAGUCUUAAGAAAAAGAUUCGGGCCAAGGAAGAUGAGACCAGUGGGUUGCAGACCAAGGUCGUUCAGAUGGAAAUAGAGAACAACAAGCUAAACAGAGACUACAAAAAGUUGAAAGACGCGCUCAAUUUUAAGAAGAAGCCACCUAGGGCUGUACGUGAGACAGCGACGAGGGGAGAACUGAAAGAUAUCAUUAUGGACCUGGAGGAUGAGAUCAACGAACUGCAGAUUACUCUGCGAGGUCGCGAGGUGGCUCAGGAAACGAUGGCGGAAGAAUUGGAGACAGCCAAGAAGACAUUGGAAAACUUCUUGUUGAAGAAUAGGCAUCAAGAAAACCAAGUGGACGAAGAGCUUGAAACCGUCAAGAGGCAACGAGACGAAUAUUUAAGCCAACUGUUACAAGAAAGAGAAAAAGUCAAAGCACUCAGGAAGCAGCUCAUGUCCAUUACUAAAGGCACGGAUGUUGACAUCCUCGACAAAGUAACGACGCUGCAGCAACAACAGGACAACGCGGAGACUGAAAUUAAGACUCUCCAACAAAAGGUCUUGCAUGAGCAAACCAAAGUGAAGGAACUCGAAGAAAGAAUGAGUGUCAUGUCGAAUCUAAAUGAAAGUCUGGCGGCCAGUGUCAAGCUUUUAGAGUCCAAAAAUGAAGAACAGCAUGAACAGCUAGAACAGCGAAAGAAAGCACUUCAAAAUGCAGAGACGCAGUUAAAAUUAUUCAAGGGCAAGUUGGAGUCGACAGAAAGCGGUUACACAGUGCUGAAGAAAGAAUGCAAUCAGCUAAAAAACGAGUUGCAAGAAGAAAGAAUGAAAGCUGCUUCACCAACAGGAUCAUCGCAAGGAGACAUCGUGUGGACCAAAGAACGUGAAGAACUAAGACGUAAGAUCGACGAAAUGAAGGGAUCGUUAGCGGUGAUGAUUCGGAAGGACGACGAAAAAGACAAAAUAUUCCAGGAUAAAGAAAACAGGUUAAAACAGGAGCACGAAAGGAAGCUUGAGAAGAGUGUGAAGGAUGUGCGGGAGUUCCUGCAGUCAGAAAUCAAGACCCUACAAGGCGAACAGGCGUCGCUCAAGGCAAAAUUGAACGAGGCCCUGGAAUUGUCGCAAAAGAAAGAGAAAGAGGCCAAGACAGCGAACGAAAAAGCUCGCAUGCUUUCCAAUGCGCACCGCCGAGAGAAGGAAGAAUGGCAGAAUAGACUAGAAGACAUGGAAGAAAAACUUCGGGCUGAGAUUAGGAAACGUGAUAGGAUGGAACGGGAACAUGAACUUGAACUCAAGACAAAGUCUGAGGACAUCCUUCAGAUUCAGAACAGAGUGGUCCAAUUAGAACGCGAAAAUCGGCGAAUGGCUACCAGGCUUCAGGAGGUUGAACACGAACAGCUCGAAGAGAGAAAACAGUUUGAGAAGGACUUGGCCAAAGAACAAGAGGAGUAUGACGACUUAACAUCCCGGUAUGAGCUCCUGGAAGAAGAGUUUGUCCGCAUGAAGAACAAGCUGCACAUCGAGAAGGAACAAGUUGAAGCGGGAUUGAAGCAACUCCGCAAAGACCACGAGAAAACGACCAAAGAAAUUUCCACCAUGCGAGAUAACUUCACUGCGCGACAGGAGGCGUUUGUCAGAGAAAAACAAGAUUUCCAGAACCUAAUAAGAGAACUGGAAGCCAAGUUGACCAAGUUAAAAGACAUCGAAGGGGAACGCAAUCGCGUCAGGUCCAAUCUGAAUGAAAGGGAUGCCAUCAUCGCCGAACUCAAGAAAUCAGAGCAGUCUUUCCGAGACGACAAGGAGAAGCUACGUAAAAGAAACGAAGAGCUGAUGCGACGCAUAGCAGAACUGGAGCGUUCCGAGCGAACACUUCGAGCGCUCACCAUGGUCAAGACCGAUUCUCAAGAACUGAAAGCCCGCCUGGAGCAUUCGGGCCACGUCCACAAGGCUGAGCAGGCAGCACUACGAGCAGACUACGAAAGUCGCGUCAACUAUAUGACUAGCGAGGCCCAGGCUCUGCAGUCGCAGAUCACGUCUAUUGCACGAGAACGGGAUCAAUUGAGGGAUAAAUUGGAAGAGACGCUCAAGAACACGUCACUUAGAAGGGAAAGGUACAGGGGAAAGGAAGCGCUCGAGUCCAUACAGACGAAAGCUCAACAACUUCAGCUACAAGUAGAUGACCUGAAAAACCAAUUGGAAGAAUCGUUAACCGAUAACCGAAAACUGCUGAUCCAGCUGGAAGCAGACAGGGGCUCCGCGGAAAUCCAGCUGUCGAAUCUCAAGUCGAAACUCAACCAGUACGAGGAAAAAAAUAUCUUGGACGCAAGUCGAGGGACUGCGAAGGCGUACGCGAAGACGCGUUUGGAACUGGCUUGGGAGAAAGAAAGGAAUGACCUGCAGAGGGUCUUAGGAGAAUCUCAAACAACUAUCAAGGACUUACGGGAGAAGCUGAUCGCAACUGAGAACGAACGAGAUGCCGAACGCGAGGCGCUUAACAGAAAUAUUCAGGAGCUAAGGAAAAGGUUGGACCAAGACGAUGUUUGUAGGGAUGUUAUUGAGUUGCAAACAGAACUGGAAGAAAAGAAAGACGCGUACGAAAGGCUGAAAACACAACACGACCGUCUACGGCGCGAAAGGGAUCGCCUUGACCGAGAGAGGGAGUCUUGGAAGCAGAGGGUGGCCACCACUAUGGACGUCCAGGCUCUUGUUGGGGACAUCACGGACGACAUGAAAAGGUUAACGGAUCUUGUAAAAUUAGAAGGCAUCUUUGCUGAGGACCAAAGCAAGGCACAGGCGAGACCACUGCGAACCGGAUCAACGCCCAAGGAUGACCUGAUGAACAUUCUAAACAAGGUUGCCCAUCAAGCAGAGGCUCUUAAGGCUGCAUGUCAGCCACUGAGAGAAGAUGACCUUAUCAGGAGGACAACAUCAUUUCGGAGAGCCAUAUCCCAUUCAGACAUGGCCAACCAGUCUCCCCUGAUACGGGCGCCACCACGAACAAGGUCUUCCAUCCAUCGAAAGACGCUCUCCUUAGGGCAGGGCAUGUCAGGUGCGGACAUGAAGAUCUGGGCGUCGGGGGAGAGUCUCUCUGGAACUCCAUCAGGUUCGCAGACCAGCCUACGAGGCAGGUCAACAACCACGGGGUACGAAUCUGACAGCUCUGCCGUCUCGGAGCCUCCGGCGCACUGGAGAUAUGGUGGCUUCACAUCUCUCAGCCGCGACACUGACAACGAAUCGAGCAAUCCCGGCAGUUUAGAAGAGUUUCCAACUCAAGGGAAACAAAAGAAAACACUAAAGGAUAGGCUAAAGGUUCUCAAGAGGUCUUCGUCUGAUGUCAGACAGGACAGUACGAAAGAAGAAAAGACACUGAAAUCCAGGCUUUCGAAAGCGUUCCGAAGCAAAGAAAAGAUUGAUGCGCCCGAGCAAAGACCGAGAGUGACGGAGACGCAAGCCAGCAAGGAACAGUCAGAUAACUUGGCAGCCAAAAGCAAGAAGUCUCUUCUGGGUCGUCUUGCUUCGAAACCCCCAGUUAGCAAAACCACAGAUCCAAGGAAAACUCUCGACAGGAAGGAGUCAUUUAACGAAACUCGUGUAUGAAGAAAGAGAAGAAGAAGAAGAAAGAUACGUGUUGAUAUUUCGUGUCAUACACCGUUACCAAUCGUCAUUCCUUUAGUGAUAUGUCCUUUUUGUAGAAUAACCGUUGACGCGUCAACAAAACUUGGGUGCUGUGUUCUUAGAAGCAGUGCAAUAUACAAUGUUUUGGUUCAA